AUUGCCAUUAUCGUGUAGGGUGGGGCACACCACUCCUCCCUGUGAUCUUCAAUGUCUUCCCCAUUGACUCUUUUGGUCCACCACCACCACCACCCCUUCACAAAUCACAUUUCACCCACCCCAUCCCUCUUAAACAUCUUCCUCAUACCAUUUCUUCUUCUUCAUCCCCCAUCUUCCUUUAUGUCCAUCUAAACCCACAAAAUCACCAACAAAAUCACCAUUUUUGAUGGGCUAUUUAUCUUGCAAAGCCGAAUCUGCGACCGCUGUCCACACCCCAUCAAAAAAACCCACCACCAUUCAAAAACCAAAUGAAAUUAUACAAAAACCCCUCAAAAACAAAAUCCAACACUUUGACUACACAGAUUUACAACUUGCUACUAACAAUUUCUCAGACCAGAAACUCCUCGGCCGCGGCAGCCACGGAUUGGUCUACAAAGCCCAUCUCCGUAACGGCCGUUUAGUCGCCGUUAAAAAACCCUCAUCUCACAGUCAUCCCGACAAUGAAGUCGACAACGAAAUUGACAUCUUGUCUAAACUCCACAGCCCACAUCUUGUGAACCUGAUUGGGUUUAGUAACAACCCGCAACAGAAUCGGUUAUUAGUUGUGGAAUUCAUGAGUAACGGGACGUUGUAUGACACGUUGCAUAUGAAUCCCGAACCGCCUAACUGGGGGCGGAGAAUUCGGUUAGCUUUGCACACGGCUAAGGCGAUUGAGACGCUUCAUGCGUCUGUGCCACCUGUGAUACACCGGGAUAUAAAGUCUGCAAAUAUUCUUCUUGAUAGGAAUUUGAAUGCCCGGUUGGGGGAUUUUGGGUUGGCGUUGCGGUGUCAUGUGGAUGACUACCGCCUUUUGUCAACGCCCCCAGCCGGGACAAUGGGGUAUCUUGAUCCGGGGUACGUGACCCCGGAUAAUUUGAGUACCAAAACGGAUGUGUUUAGUUUUGGGAUAUUGUUGUUGGAGAUUAUAAGUGGGAGGAAGGCGAUUGAUGUUAGUCAUUCGCCGCCUUCGAUUGUGGAUUGGGCGAUCCCUUUGAUUAGGAGGGGGAAGUUGUUGAGUGUGUUUGAUCCUCGGAUCCCUCCUCCCAAGGAUCCGAUGGUUAGGAAGCAGUUGGCGGUGAUUGCGGCUAAAUGUGUGAGGUCUUGUAGGGAGAGGAGGCCGUCCAUGGGAGAAAUUGUCGAAUCGCUUAGUGGUUUGAUGAGAUUGGUUCCGGUUCGGUCGUGGAAUGGGUUGAGUAAUCCUUGUUUGAUGGUUGAGACCGUUGGUAGACCGGUUGAGGUCGGUUCUUCGAGGCCGAAUCAUGGUGGGAAUGGUAGUGUUGGUGGGAAGCAACUGAGUAACCCUAGAAGGGUGUAUUCCGAUCUGGGGUUACGAAACAAUUUGAUGGAUCUUAUGGCCCGAAGGGUUGACGACAAUAAGGAUAAUGAUGAUGAUGAAAAUAAGGUUCACAGGCGAUCACGAUUCAAAAAAGAAUUGGAUGAUGAUCCAUCAAUUGGGGAAACUUCGAGCAUCGAUUCUAGUAGAUUUUACAUUGUCACGCGAUCAAAAUCUUGUGCUCAAACCAAGGUGUGAAGUGUUUUCGAGGCAAAACAUGAUCUUGAUCUUGUUAAUUUAGGUUACAUUGUUUGGUAUUUUGGAGUGUAUCUUCUCAUUGAAUUGAUAAGAAUAGAUACUAUACUUGAUCUUGGGUUGGGUGUAGAAAAGACCAGGAAGAGUAUCUUUCUUUUGUAUUUGUUCAUUGUUCAAAGAUAUAGAACAUCUUGUUCAUAGUCUUUUUGAGUAUUAAUAUCAUUUGGUUUUAUAUUGA